AUGCUAUCUCUUACGUUUAUGCUAUUGCUUGUGGUCGAGUUGGGAUGGGCCGCCCAGUGUGACAAGUGGUCUGGACCCGCUGGAACUGUUGAAUGCAUUCAAUUAAGGUCGUACAAUAACGAAUACCAGUGGGGGACGUGCGUGACGGAUGCUUACAUGAAGCAAAAGAGCAACCAAAAACAUCAGUGUAUAGACCGAACUGCAACCUACUGCUGGUAUCAGUGUAUGCUUGAAGUGCAUAACAAGAACUAUGGAUCAGUGACGAGUGAUUGUUACUGUACUCCCAGCAAUCCAACCUCAUAUCCAAACACUCUCACACCUACCACAUUACUUCCUCCGGAGUGCUAUAGUCCACCAGGGGAUUCCUGUGAUUGGUAUCGCAACUGCCUGGAGAGGAGGUAUCCCUGUGAAGCUACAAGUAAUGGAUAUGCAGUCAAAUACGCUGAACAUUUUUGCAAGCUGUAUGACCAAAACUUUGGAAAGUUCAGUCCAAUCGGGCGAAACUGGGUUAAUGAAGUUCGCAAAUGCCUUCAAGUCUCACUGGUGCCACUAUUGCGGCCAUGGGUCGACGAUCCAACCUGCGAGGAGAUACGAGAAAAAGCGUUUGCCUCUCAUACACCAUGUAACGUGAAUCCAGGAAAUGGUGUGUCGUCCGUCUGUGAUCUCGACUGCUCUGAUUACCUCCAGAUAUUUUGGACCAUCAAGGGUUCCUUUGUUAAAGUCGACACACUCUGGGAAUCUCUCAAGGGAAUAUGGAACAUAGGAGAGAAAUGUGGAUUGUCUGCUAACAUCAAGAAAUGUUACAGAGAGCUGAAAGAGGGCCCAGUCAGAGUUACCAAGCUGAAGAUUAAAAAGUUUUUUCUGCGAUCGAGGCGCUCAACUGAUAAUCUUCCUAAAUCUGAUGGUUAAUAAAAAUAAAUUCCUAAAUUCCUUCCUAAAUCUGAUGCUCAAAGUCGAUUCGCAGAUGGAGUUGGCUCAGCCAUUGCGAGUGCCUUGA